AUGGAUGAUGUAGGAGUACCAACUUCAUGGAACCAACUUGAGGAAUCCAGCUGGUAUGAGGUCAAAACUUCCAAAAACUAUAAAUAUUACUACAAUAAGGAGACUAAAGAGACCAAAUGGGAGAGACCUUCACUGAAAAAUGAAGAAAAACAAGACCUUAAAGACGAAAAUGACAAAGAGGUCCCUAAAGAGGAUAUGGAUAAUUAUAAAGAACUGAUAAGAUCCCUAAACUUUCCUAACAAUGUAAAUUAUGAGCAGUGUAUACCGAAGCUUAUAUUUGAUCAAAGAUACAAAAAUAUUCCUAAAUCGCACAGAAAGAGUCUAUUCAACAAAUUUAUGAGAGAACUUCUCGCUGAGAAGUCGUCAACUUCAGUAACAUUGGAGACAAAAGAGGAUGAAAAGGACACUGAAACACGUAAUGAAAAGAAGAGAAGAUUAGAGGAGCCCUCAAAAACAAGGGAAUCAUCAAAGAAACUUGAUAAAGUUGAUGAAAAAUCACAUCGAGAUACACACCUAAGGAAACUAGCUGAGGAUAAUUUUCUAAAUCUUUUACAUGAAAAGAUUAAAAUGCCGUUCAAAGACGGAGAAGUUGAACCUCUCCAAGAAGAAAUUCUGAAUAAUGAUCCAAGGUUCACCAACAAAUAUUUAGAGGACAAGAAUUAUAUAUACAAAAAAUUUACAAGAGAGUUUUUGAAAGCAAGAGUUGAGUUAUUUGAGUCAAAGUUGAGACUUUUGAACUCGGAUAACAUUAAUUUGGACCUAGACGAGGUGGUAGAAAAGGUUGGAAUCAGGCUAUUCAAGGAUUUACCAAGUUACAAUUUAAAUCAAUGUUUAAAUAAGUGGAAGGAAGAUAAGGUGUGUGAGAAAGGGGAGUUAAUGGAGUCAUUUAAAAUGAUGCUUAAGAAGUCGCUCCAUUAUAAUCCUGGAACUAAGAAGGAUAAUUUGGAAAGUGCAAAAUUAUAUUUCAGAAAUGAUGAAAGUAGGUAUCAAAGGUUGGAAUCUUUCCCACAUGAAAGAGAUAAACUGAUAAUGGAAAGAUUAGAGUAA